AUGGAUUCGGCGAUACCGCCACACCGACUGCAGCAGGUCGACCACUUGGAGACCGGCACUGAGAUAUGGGCGGAGGUGAACGAGAUCUACGAGAGACUCAUGGACCCGUUGAUCAAGGAGAGUAUCAUUCUCCGAAAGUGCGAUGAGCUCAAGGAGCUCAAGUGCUCGCCAACAGGCGAUAUGAGCAUUCAUCUGGCCGAGAUGCUUACGAUCAAGUCGGCCGUGAAGAGCUACGGCUACGAAUUCAAGGAUAUCAACAUGAGGCAGAUGAUGCUGGGCAGUCUUCCUGACCUGUACCAGUAUGAGCAGCUGCGCGGAGCAUUACUCUGCGGCAAGGGAAAUCGUGCCACUAAUACAGGUAGUGGCCAACGGCAGCUGCAUGGUGGCAGCACAGGUGCUCACCAUCAGCAACAAAAUGGGAGUAAGAAAAAUCAGCACGGUGAUGGACAGCGAAAACCGAAGCGUGACAGAAAGAACAAAACUUGUCACUGGUGCAAUGAGAUCAAUCACAUCCAGGCUGACGGAACGGCUAUUAUCGAUGGUGUUGCUGGGCCUGGUGCGGCUGCCACCAGUGGAGGUAACAUUGGGACGAACACUGGGACGCAACGGCGUCAGCAGCGCUCCUAUUGCACGAGUCACGGCGGCGAAGUCCGGGCGGACAGGCGUGGAGUUGUUAAAGAUGAGCAAGGUGUGGCUGCUGGUGUUGCAAUGGUCAGUCCGAUGCUGGCCGUUCCGGACACGAAGAGUUCAAAUGUGCACUUGACCGGUGAUCGCUCUGUCUUUGUUCAUCUCCAAGAAAUUCACCCAGAACGUAUUGGUGCAAAUUUCGUUGGUGUGGCCGUCACGACGCUAACUCGUGCGUCCGGCAUUGGUCGAGUGAAGAUCAUCACUGAGGUGGGCGACGCCGAGGCUGAGGUCUUUUUGGUUGAUGUACUGUACCUGGAAGGCGCGUCACACAGACUGUUCUCGAUACAUCUCGCAAUUGCCACGCAGAAUUUCGAAAUCUCGUACGAUCGUGCAGCAUCGACAAUCACGUCCAGAGGAUGCUCUGCGACGCCCAGGUGUACCGCGUGUUAUCGUCAGUUACACGAUUGCGGACGGUGUGGCCACACUCGAGCAGUGGCACAACCGGACUGGACACACGAAUGUUCAAUAUCUCAAGAUCAUGGCGGAUCGUGGACUCGUGCGAGGCGUGAUGAUCACAAACAGGCAGCUCAAGACGUGUGA